UCUAGGUUUCACUCUCCGACUUCUUUGUUCUUUCCAAUCUUCUCAAGCGCAGAGCUCAAUUCAAGAUUGCAACUAUGGCCGGGAUGGCACCGUCUAGGGUUUCCACUCUCGUCUUCCCGCUCGCGAUCCUCCUCGCAUUUCCAACCUCGUCACUCUCGCUCCGUACCCCGGUCGUCUCCUCUGACUUCGACCGCGGGAUCGAGCUCCUCGGCGACGCUGCGAUCUCCGGCGAUGGGUCCCGCAUGCAGAUCACUCGCUCCACAGCUCCGAGCUCCGGCCUCCUCAUGCGCUCAGCUCCCCUCAGGUUCGCCACUCCAAUAUCGUUCUCGACGGACUUCACCUUUUCGAUCUCUCCUGGCUCCGGCGACGGCCUUGCUCUGGUAUUAUUCUCCAAGACCUCGGCUCCUACUUUCGGAUCGAGCUCGUUCGGCCUCUCGAAGGGGGAUACUAGGUUUGUUGGCGUUGAGUUUGACACUUCCAUGGAUGAGAAUGUCGGUGACCUGAACGAUAAUCACGUGGGGAUCGAUUUGGGCAGCUUUGUGUCUGUCAGUGCGUCGAAUGUUUCAUCGAUGAAUCUGAUGCUAAAUAGUGGUGAGAAGCUGAGAUCGUGGAUCGAUUAUGAUGCUAGCUCUAAGAGAAUCGAGGUUAGGCUUGGUAGAUUUGGGGAACCAAGGCCGUACAAUCCCCUUGUAGCGCAUUUGGUCGAUUUAUCGAAGAUAUGGAAUGACGAGGAGGAUGUAUUGAUUGGCUUAAGCUCCUCUAAUGGGAACUCGGUCCAAACAAGCAGCAUUUAUUCAUGGAGGUUUAAGCUGCGAAAGUUCCUGAAUUCAAUGCAUUCCAUGCCUGCAGACCCGAAUGAGAACAAGGGAGGUGAGCACGCAGACGUAAACAAGAAAAGGGCCUGUCCGGUGGCUCUUCUUGGGGGUUUAGUAAUUGUGGCUUUGUUGGGGGCAUUGCUUUUGGCUCUGAUGCAGAGUUUGUGGGCUAUAGCUGUUGAAGCAUUUCGAGUGGACUAUCCUGAGCACCGGGUGGAUUUCCAAUACGAAAAGAUUGGCGUCGUUGUAGGAAAAGAUGGAGGAGGUGGUAAGAAUUAGUAUGACUUUGGUGAUUCUCCUGUAAAUGUGCGGUGUUAUCUGCAGCCUGGUAUGACCUAUAUUUUGCACUAAUGUACUAACUAGUAUGAAUAUGACGAGACAAACUCCCUAGUUGUUGUUAGCAGUUCUUAUCAGUGUAAUCAUGAUAUGAAGUAUGGUGAGUAUGUGCUUAUCUCUGAAUGCAUCUGCAUCUUCUAUGAAUUGAAACUUUUUGAUGAGG